AUCUAGCCCAAUGCAUGAGCCUCCAACUAUAAAUGUAUAUCGUUCAAAUAUUGGCAGAUGGUAUGUACUAUGUAGUACACAAAGAUAUAAAAUGUGCUCGAAUCGAAUUUGUUUUAGAUCGUAUGAUGACUCAUAAAUUUAUGGCGCUACGUACUGCGUAAUACUUUUGAAGUUGUCUGUAAUCUGUACUUUACAUUCUUUCAUCGUCACUAUUGUCAGUAUAAAUGUACAUAUCGGUACUUACUACAUUGUACAAGUGAUCUACUAUUCGUGUGUGUAUUUUUAAAAUUAUCUACUCUUAUAGAGGUAGCCGGUAUUUUCGAAAAUGGUGAAUAUUAGAGAACACAUACUAGAAAUCCAAACUUUAAUUUUUCUAUGCAGCAUUGCGAUAAUCGAUUUCUUAGAAAUAUUAACUUACAAAUUCCACAUUUUUGAAGUUGAAAUUGGUUUUUGGAACAUAAUGGCAAUGGGUUUUUAUAUGAUAUGGAAUUUCUGCGGGACGAUGAGUUGUGCUUUAGGAUUAGCUGGAAUGGAAGAUGAGACCAAGAUUGAUUUCGUGAGAAAAUUUUCCAUUCCGUAUUUUUGGUGCUCUGCAGCUUGUAAAGGAAUAUUCGCUUUGUUGCUAAUAGUACUGCCCUGCGAUAAUGAAUUCUAUUUGACGGCCAUUUAUGCAUCAGGCGAACCAAUUCUGUUGAUUUUAUUUGGAAAAUCCAAUCUAUUCGCACUGCAACCGAAUAUUUUAUCUCACCUGUUCAUGAUGGUUUUUCUGAUAUAUGUGGCAUUUAUUGUUCGGCGAUACUACAUUUCGGAAGUAAAGAAAAUACAAGCAAGGAUGCAAGCAAGGAACCAGGAGGUGUAACUUUCGAGAACAUUAUGAAAUUUCAGAAUCAGAAUACUUAUGAUCGAUGCGAUACAUGUGUAUUGUAGGAUGACAUCCGUAAUAGGUAGGUAUAGCUAGGUAUACUUAUACAAUGAUAAACAUAGAGUUUGAUUGAUGAAAUUCUGAAGAAUGCUUGUAAAAUGUCGUAUAUAACAUAGAAGAAAAUCUGCAAGAGAAAAGUGAGAAAAAUGUGGAUGUACCUACUUAAUAAUUUUGGCUGUGUUUUGAACGAUUGUACCUACUCGUAUUAUAUUUUUUAUCUGUACAAACUACAAAUACCAUACCGAGGCUAGGUAUCUAAAUAUUAAAUAAAAUAAAUUAAGUCGUAAUCUGUGAUUUUUUUUUGGAAGUAAAAUAAUGAAUGAAGAUUGCUUUUUAUUCACGAUUAAAGUGAGAAAAGGGGAAACUACCUAUCUUUUAAGUAAGUUCGGCUCAUUAGUACCUAUCAGGUUUACCUAUUGCAAGAAUUGUGUAUUUUAUUUUAGUCAGUAAUUUCAUUUCGACAAGUUUUAUUAUUUUUAAGGUGAGCUGUGAGGUGAAAUUAGAAAUUUCUCGUUUGAUCUUUCAGAUGAGAAAGGAGAUCUCCUUUCUCAUCUAAAAGAUCACAGUUUCCAUCGGUGGAAAGGAAAGCUCAAGUAACAAAAUUUUUGAAUAAGUAUCUAUUGAAAAAUGUUCUCUAAAAAUAAUCCAAAAAUGUAAUAUAGGUAGGUACGUAGCAUGUACAUAUAUGUAUCUAUACUGAUGAAAACUUUUAUUGAUUCCUCUCAAAAAGUUGCAAAACUAAAAUUAUGACUGAAACCGAAAAUCAAAAAAAUAAAAUUUAAAAAUGAAAGCUCACACAGAGACUUUUUUAAUCUUACAAGGCCUACUACCUAUUCCUUUUUUUUAUUUUAUUUUUUUUAUCGUUGUUGGUUAUCCAUUUUACUAAUUUUCUUUCAUGAGUUCAAAUUAUGUACUUGUUUUUUAUUUAAUAUUUACCAAUUUACCAAAACUAUACGUACUUACAUUGUAGGUACCAAAGAUGAUUUUCUUUCUCAUUUUUGUAUAUUUGUCAAAAUUUCAAAAAGAAAGCAUAACAUAAAGUGAUAUAAUUUUAUUAAAAUAUUAGUUUCAAUUAAGCAAAGCUUGCAAAAAAUAUCGACACAACUCGUUAAAAAUUAAUUUAAAAAUUAAAACACUUGAAAAAUACUAUAAAAUUUGAGCAAAGCCACGCAAAAAAAAAUGAACAUACAUUUCUAACGUGUUCAAAAUGGUAGCACUGACUCGAACUGGUUUGGUUUGACGUGAUUUAGAUAAACAAAACAUAAAUGAUAGAAUUGAUAGAGAUCGAAAAUCUUUGAAGUUUGAAUUAUUACGAUUAAAAAAUUUACUUCAGUUCAUUUUUAAUGAAAGUUACCCCAAUUUUUCAAAAUGCACAACGAACAUUGUCGUUUAUGUGGCAAUCAGAACAACGAAAUGUUUGAUAUUUUCAGCGAAACCGGUUCAAAUAAACAGCUCGAGUCGAAAAUUAAAGAAAUCGUUCGUUUGAAUAUUUUGCUGGAAGAUCCUUUACCGAAAACUGUGUGUGUUUCGUGCAUUAACCACUUAGAAAACUCUUCAAAUUUUAUAGAUCAAUGUCACCAAACUCAAACUUAUUUAAGUCAAUUGUAUGAAGAAAUCAUACUGCCGACUCCGACCCAAAAUUCUUUCCGAGCGCCGAAUCAUGCAGAGAAAAUCAGGGUUGUAUUGAAUGAUCGAGCUGAUAUUGAGAUAAAUAUCACCAAAUUGAGAUCUAUCCUAACUUGCAAAUUAGAAACUAAUCAAACGAAUUUAGAUAACGAUUCUAUUGAAAACAACUCGAGUCAGAUUAUUUCAGCGCAACCUGAUGAUAACGAUACUCAUCAGAAUUCCACCGAAGUACUGGAAAAUUCAAACGCUGUUCGAGGCGAUUCCAAUGCAAAUCCAUCUACUUCAAUCAGCAAACCUAAUGGCAAUACAUCCGAUAAAAAAAAUGCAAUCCCGGUUGAAAAAACCAGCGAUGAAAAUUUGGAUAAUGCUCCAUCCAACGAUACGUGUUCUUCCACCAAUGAUUCUCAAGAGACUAUUCCUCUCGCAAACACACAAAAUACAACGAGUAAUCGUAGCAGGUUGAAAAGAAAAUGUACCAUGCGAACGACACCGAUAAAUGACCAUUCUGAUUCUAGUGAUGGAGAAAACCGUGAACCAGACGAACAUAGUGAUUACAGCGAUGAUUUGAACGAUAAGAGUAGUAGAAAAAAACCCAAACUUCAAACUGAACUUUGUACAUUUACAUGCAAACUGUGCACAUCUUCGUUCAAAGCUAGAAAACACCUCGAUGAACAUUUAAAGACAGCUCAUACCCGUAAUGAAUUCAAAUGUUCAAUUUGCAGUCAUGUAGCUAAAAACCAAAAGGGAAUAACGCAACACAUGAAGACAGUCCACACUAAACCAUUUGCUUGUGCUAUAUGCGGCUACAAAACCGGUGACAAAUCACAAAUUCGACGACAUAUUACAAGCCAACAUACUCCAGCAUCGUGGACAUCGAAGAAAAAUCCUGAAGUGAGCAAAUCAAAGAAUUGAAGACGUCAUAACAAAAAGGGGAAAACAAUGAUAAAGAUUUCUUUUGCGCAACCUGCAAGAAAACAUUUUCCCAAGAGUUGACUUACCAAGAGCAUUUAAACAUUCAUUCUGGAAAACGCCCAUUUUCAUGCAAACUAUGCACUGCUUCGUUCAGUGCUAGACAACGGCUCAAUGUACAUUUACGACAAAUUCACUCGGAUAAGCAAUUCAAAUGCCCAACUUGUAAUUAUG